AUGCCUAUUCGAUCAUCUGGUCAGAGGAUAACAUCGGAAACUGUAGAACCACAAGGAGUUAAAAGGGCUAGUAUUGGUAGCCUGUUAUCCGAUUCGAUCCCUACUGAUUUUGAAAUGGACAUUGCUGAUGAUGGUAACAUUUCUCCUUACUUCCUAAACAACCAUGACUUAUGGUCUGGCCCACCAAGAUCGUAUUAUGAUGAAUUAUUGCUGGAAAAAAGUGAUACAGUAGAGCCUCGCAAUAUAUAUUCACCAACCCAUCUAAAUCAAGUCGAUCCAUACAAAGAUAAAGAAUGGGAAAUUAUAGCCAAACUUUGCGACGUGGAAUAUAUUUUGACCGGUAAAGAAGGUCAUAUGAAAAAAUGGUCCGACUUGAUCCAUAUCAAUCAUAAAAUUACUGCAGAAGAACGUCGUCGACGUAAACUUCAAGCAGCUAAAGAGAGAAUCCUAUUAAAUAGAAAGUAUAAAAAGCACAUUAUGAACGAGCGUAAAACAAAAGAUAGUUCAUCUGAAUGUGAUUAUGUGGAUUCUGAUUUAUCCAGCGUGGAAUCUUUCGAUUCUGAUGUUUCUAUACCACAGGAUAUCAUUCAGGAAAGCAAAUUUAUUUCACGCAAAGCUGGUAUACUAGAAGGCAGUGUAGGCUUAGCUGCUGCUCCAGUUGCCGUCAAGAAGAAUCGUGGUAGGCGGCCAGAGAGAGGGAAUUGUGAUAGCAUUAAAAGAAGAAGACGGUAUUUUUACCGAUUAUGGCUAUCUGUCGAGCCAGAUAAGGAAUCGGAAGAGGAACAGAAAGAGAAAUCGCCAGUUGCUGAUGAAGGCGAGGAUCAAAAUACUGAAUUGCCAACUCAAGCCAGUGUACCAACAGUUAGCCUAAGCGAUAUUCCACUGGUCGAAUCAUCGAGUGGUAAUCGUAUGUGGUUGAAUAAAGCUUAUAAUGGCGAUUUAGUUAGCGAUUUUAUUCCAGAAAAAAAAGUUAUACCAAAGCCUUUUCAAAAGCCGAUCAAUGAUAGGAUCAAUUAUCGACGUCGUAAUACAAUAUCAAGAUCGUUUCCUAAUCUACAAGCGAUACCUGAAAGGAGAAUAAGUCAGCUACAAAACGAGAAUAAUAAGCAAGAAGAUGAAUUGGAAAGCACCAUAUCAACACAUCAUUUUCAAGAAGAAAUAUCUGACCCAUUGCACGAUAUUAGUCUUGCUUUAGCGAAACAUCCACUAGGCCAUGAUAAGACGGAUCAUAAUGUUUCAGAAGGCCAUAGUGAAAGUAUUUCAGCCAAUAAAAUAUCUAUUUUAGAGGCUAUUAAAUCACACCAGUUAUACGAACAAUCGUUAGAGGUGGAAGUUGAAAGCAGUUAUAUCAGUCAUGAGGAUGGUCCAGAUUAUCAAGUAAAUACGACUGAAAUGGGCGAAAAAGUGCCCACACAGCGUGCUACUAGUCGAGUUGAUAGCAAGCUAAGUGACAGCAAAAGCAGUUUAAAUAAUUCUGAUUUUAAUCUCAGCGAAUUAUUUUUAUCACAAGACAGUGUGACAUUAAAGGAAGAAUUAGAGGUAAUCGGUCAAAAAUUUAUAGAUGGUAGCCCAGACGAAAGUAAAGAAUCAUCUAUUAUCAUCAGAGAACAACAUAAAGAUUCAAUCGAUUUAAAUAAAGUAAGAGAUCGCCGUCUAUCAUCUAUACGGCCAAGACAGCCUAGUGUAGCAAGUGAAUCAGUCGAGAAAAGGCUAAGUCUGGAUUACUGGGUUAUUGUAGCCGACUCAGCAGAAUCACAAACCAAUGAUGAGGAUGAAAAUCACGUCGAUGUUGAUGAGAUCCAAGAUAUUUUAAAGCAAUACGAAGCAUUGUAUACUGAACAAAGUAAAAAUAUGGAAACGGAUGCUAUAAAAUCAAUUUCUGAAAGGUCUACGGAAAAAAAGAGAGACAUGCAAAAGCGUACGGCCAGCGAAGAUUCCUUCAGAACGUCGAUAGUAAAGAAAGAAAGUCCAGUCAUACGACAGCAGAAGUCUGAAUCUGACAUAAAGGUAUCCAAUUACAGAAAAUAUACCGAGUCAUCACUUAGUCAGAGUAGCGUUUUAUCCUUGGCCGAACUAGCUAGCGAAGGUGGUAAUAGUAGUGAAUCUAGCUAUGUUAGGGUAGUAGAUAGUGCAACAAGGAAAGAAAGUUCAGUCUCAUUUGAUGGUGAAGAGAUAUUAUCCGCUGUGGAAGAAAUAGUCGAUAACUUUGUUGAAAGGGAUGCGAUGAUGCCAUCGCAGGAGGUUGCCGAUAUAGGUUCUGCUAGUAGAGAAGGAUCGCCAGCUACGGAAGAAGCAAUCUCAAGAGAAACGUUUACGGAAAAGGUUAAACUUCGCAAAAGCAACAGAAAAACAGGGAGUGCGGCAGAAAGACGUAAUGCAAAGAUUCGUGAACGUAAACAAAAGCAUUUAGCCUAUAUCAAAGCCCGAAGCAAAAGCAUUAUUAAGGAAGCUAAGGCUGAACAGCAUCUCUUUGCUAAAAAUUUAGAUCCUUCAAUUGAUAUUCUCAAUUACUUCCAUUUGGUCAACAAAAAGAAUAUUCAUGUAUACGCAGCUGCAUUUGCAUUGCAUGAUAGAGAUGAAGACGGUUAUAUCGCCGCUGAAACUAUCGGCUCUGCCCUAAAAAUGAUACCAACUUUAUCUUCAGUAACUCACUCACAAUUAACUUACGUCUUGAAGGUAUUGGAAAUGGAAAGGUUGUCCGAAAUAGAUUUCAAACUAUUUUGUGUUUGUGCUGCACUGAGAAUGUUUUAUUGCAAUAACGAUGACAACGGAUACUACAUUCCUGCUGAUACCUUGCGAAUUGAACUGAAAGCUGGAGGAUUAUCUAAAGCGCAAGAGAAUUACAUUAUCAAUUCAAUGCUACCGAAUGAAGAAAACUUGAUUUCCUUUAUCAACUAUGCCGCUUACUUACCACUAUUCUUUGUAUUGCAUCAUAAAAUAUGCAACGAGCCAUUAGCUAGUUUAUCAAGUGAUUAUCUCCAUCAAAUUAACCCAGUUGAAAUUCAUGCCGCAAGAUAUUUCAAGCCACGUAUUCCACCCGCAGAAAUAUACAUCAAGGAGAAAUUAAUAAAGCCAUUGAUCGUUACAAAUACUGAAAAUAGGCAAAACUUUUUAAAUCCUGGAGAGCCGAAUGAGUCCGGUAAACAUUCCGUUUUACUUGAAAUUAUGACUGGAAGCUUUGAUUAUAACUCUUACAUUGAGAGCAGUAGUGAAGAUGAUAACGAUGAAGACGAUUAA